AUGUCGUACUUUGACCGGGAUGUUGUUGCCCUCGCCCAUGUCUCCCGGUUCUUCAAACAUCAGUCCCAGGAGAAGCAGGAACAUGCAGAGAAGCUGCUGAAAUUCCAGAAUCAGCGUGGAGGCAGAGUCCUCCUCCAGGAUGUGAAGAAGCCAGAGAGGGAUGAGUGGAGUAACAGUCUGCAGGCGCUGCAGGUUGCCCUGGAUCUGGAGAAGAAUGUGAACCAGAGUUUGCUGGAUCUACACCAACUCGCCACAGCCCAGACUGACCCUCAUCUGUGUGACUUCCUGGAAACUCACUAUUUGGAUGAGGAGGUGGAGAUCAUCAAGCAACUCGGGGACUACAUCACCAACCUGAAGCGCCUGGGAGCCCCUGAGAAUGGGAUGGGAGAGUACCUGUUUGACAGGCUCCAACAAAAAGUGAAGACAGCCCUUUAUCUACUGACCCAGCUUCCUGAUCACAAAGGUCUAAAGGAAGAGGCCCAGCAGGCUCUGAUUUCAAUCCAGGUGGCGGAAGCAGCAGAGGUGUGA